CAGGAACCAGGAAGGAAGGGAAAAGCUAAACAUAGACAGUGGAGGAAUGGAAUGGAAUGGGGCGGCUGUACUAAGCUUUUUAUGUACAGCUCCAGCUCUUUAUAUAGAUACACAUAUAUACUGGGAUCAAGCCUGCCAGUGGGUGGGAAGGGCUAGUAUUGGGCUGCAGAACAGAGAACCCUGAAAAUAUAACAACAACAAAUAAAAAAUCAACAACAGUAACAGCCAAAAAAAAAUAAGGAAACCUGCAAAUAUAUAGGAGACUUGUAAACAAGUUCACAGACAAUACAGGUAAGCUAAAAUAUGGGGGGUGUUAUUAAGUGGCUGGAGUUUAACCCCUUAAGGGCACAUGACAUGUGUGAAGGGUCAUGAUUCCCUUUUAUUCCAGAAGUUUGGUCCUUAAGGGGUUAAAAUAAAAUGUAGGCUGGGUGGUUGAAUUGCAGUAGGUGCAUACCCACAACACCCAUAAUACUCUGCUGUCCGUUUUACUAAUUAGGUAAUAUGGGAAACAUAGUUCUUGAAAAAUGGGUUUGGAAAAAUGAUACGGCAUUGCUAUGUUGGCUAGUGUAAGUUAAAUGACAAUGUGAAUUGUGGGAAUAUGUGAUGAGACUGUUUGUUUUACCAGGUAGGGUAUGUGUAGAUGCAACGUAGUAGUGUGCUUAACAUGAUAUGGCCAUAUUGUAACUGAAGGUAGGUGAUUUAUUUUUAUUUUUUCAUAAUCUGUUAAAAUGUAAAACUGUACUUUUGUAUUUGUGUGUGUGUGUGCGCUGUUCCUUAAUUUGUAAAUAUAUUUUCGUUUUACGGCAGCACCUCUACAUUGAAAUGCAUGUUCCAGGUGAACCCCAAAUUUCCCUCUUUGCAGGAUAUGUGAAGAUGACAGAAUUCUUUUGUUAUGGGCAUUUGGAUAGAAAAGUUGGGGAAGUAUAAGUGUGAAUUGUUGAGCUGUUUUCCGGGUAAUAUUGAUAGUUAUUCACUAAACUCUGAAUUGUAUUGAAUUGAAAGCUGAAUGACCCAACUGAGUAAAAUAGUUGCUCAAGAAUCACUAUAUACCAGUUUGGCUGGUUUUGCCUACAUUUAGAUUCUAAAUUGCAAACGUAGCUGUAAAUAGCUAAACUCUUGUUUUAUUUAUUUGCCUAGAUGACCGACUCUUCUCCUGCCUCCAUGUUUAGCAUAGCCGAAUACGCCCCUGAAGAACAGGGUGCCUCUCUUCCUAGCACAAGCCCACCUUCUUCGACAACCUGCAGUGUGGCUCAAAGCUCUCCAAAUCUGAGAAGAAACAGAGGUGAUAGACGACCGUUUCUAUGACAUGGAAAUUAAUGCAAAAAUAAAAUGUUGUGUGAGAGACUUUUUUCCCUUUCCAUUUAUUUUACAUUGAUAUGUAGACAGCCAUGUGUUACUAGGAGUGGCCACCACAGGCGUUCAUAGGCACUAAUGUAAAUACUGCCUUUUCUCUGAAAGUACAGUGUUUACAGCAAAAUGUCUGCAUUACGCUGUAGUUGUUCUGGUGACUGUAGUGUCCCUUUAAGCUUUUUUUUGGUUUUUUUUUUUAAAUUUAUAAAAGUGUACAUUUUUAUUGGAAUCUGCACUUUCUGCAAAAUGGGGGGGAAAAAGAGGACACACUCUUCACACAAAGCUUUUCAGCAAGCUAAAGUUGUUUAGGUGUCUGGAGUGACCCAUUAAUAGCCAUGAGAAACUGAUAGCUUCAUGUAAUUUACUGUAUAAGUCUCCAAUUCAAAGUAGUCUUUUUUUUUUUUUUUUUUUAAUACAGGAAAUGAGACCCGGGUUCGCACUGAAUCUGCUUCAGAAUACUCAGAGACAGAUCAUUUGGGUGAACUCAGUUAUCGGUCACGUUCUCGCUCUGCUCCCUCCUCACUUCUGGUUGCUGUGCGCUAUGGACGAGAACUUAGACGUAUGAGUGAUGAAUUUGACCAAUCCUUUACGGUAACAUUUCUUUAUCUCUUCAGCCUUUAUUAUAAGUACAUUCUAGGCAUAUAUGGUGCAAGGAAAGCCUAGGUCUGAGUUUAAAAUUUAUAUCACCUAUGUCAUUUUAACAGGUCCCCACUGGUGUGAACUUGCAUAUUUUAGAGAGAGGCUGUUCUCUGCCCACACAAACUUUUUACUUCAGUCAUUACUUCUUCCCUACUUAAAGGGACACUAUAGGCAUCCAGACCACUUCAGCUUAUUGAAGUGGUCUGGGUGCAUAGUCCCAGGUCCCUUAACCUGCAAAGGUAAUUAUUGCAGUUUUUCAUAAACUGCAAUAAAUACCUUUUGAGGUUUAACUCCACCUCUCGUGGUUGUCUACCAGCUACUAGAGUAUUAUACAUGCUUUCCUAUGGGGUUUACAUGACACUGGAUGUCCUCAUGCGUCAUGUAAAACCUCAUAGGGAAGCAUGUAUAAUACUAAUGCGAGAACGGCCAUUGCCGUGAUUGCGCAUUAGGUUUAGUUUCAAACCACAUUAAGACAGCUCUAUUGGUAUUGAUACUGAAAUAUGUUUGUUUGGGUUUUUUUGUAUUGAUUUGUAAUUGGUAAGCUGUGAUUUAACUGUGAUAUGCUGCUUUUACAUAUUAUACACACAAAUUGGGGGUCCUAACAUUAAAACUGUGUGUAUAUGUGAUGUAUAAUUAUCUUGUGCUUCAACUGUUUCUGAGGAUGUUAUUUUACCUUAGAAACAGCAUUUCUAAAGUGAUGUUGGUUUCUGGAAUGUCCUGAUGCCCUCCCAGAGUAAUUUGUAGAAACCAUUUUAGAAUGGUUUGACUACUAACCUGGAACUUGCAGGGUGUCUGCAGUUCUACUUCCGGAUUCUCCUUUGUAGAGAAUUUGAUUAGCUCUAGAUUUAUGCAGGGCCACUCUCGUUGGCUGAGAUGGUUGUUCUGUAUCUUACCUGCGUAGCUUUGUGAAGUCAUCCAGUAGGAGAAGCUGAAAGUGGUACUAGUUGCUCAGGCACCCAAGCAAAUUGCAUUUUAAAUGGUUUGACAAAUUACUACAGGAAGGUAAUAGGGAAUUACUUGCACCAUAACUAUAGGCAGGAUAUAGUAGGAUAUGCCCUGCUGGUUACGGUGUUCCUUAAAGAAUAGCCUGAAAAUAAAUUACAUUUUGUGUGUGUAACUUGUUUUAUAGAAAAAUAAUUUUAUAUAUAAUUUUUUUUUUUGUUAUAUUCAUACAAUUGGCUUAUAAACAUAAAACUCUUCAUGUGUACAAAGGAAGUGUAUAUCAUUAUUAUGAACCCCAUAAAAACAAUACAAACUUAACUUCUAAUAAUUUGAAUGUCUGUGUGUGUGUAUAUAUAAUACUAUAAGAUAAUUGAAAGAGAUGCACUUUCAGACAGUUGAUAUGUGGUAUCUGAAAUAUGAACUAUGCAGCAUAAUUUUAAAAUGGUAGCCAUAGUCAUACUAGACCUCUUUUAAGGGGACACUAUAGGCACACGGACCACUUCAGCUUAUUAAAGUGGUCUGGGUGCAGUGACCCUGUUCCCUUAACACUGCAACGUUCAUUAUUGCAGUUUCUGAGAAAUGUCAAUAAUCAGAUUCCAGGGUUAAGACUGCCUCUAGUGACUGUCAAUUAGACAGCCACAAGAGGCACUUUCUGAUUGCUAGACGUCCCCACGCUGUGCAGAAGGACAUACUGUGUCAGUAAAAUCCCCAUAAGAAAGCAUUUAUUACUUGGAGCUUCCUUUUUUUUUUUUUUUGUACGUCCCCAUACAGUACUUUUGCGUUGGAAUUUAGAAUACAGGUUGCAAAUAACUACUCACAAUGCAAACAUUUUUCUUCACUGUUUUGUAAAUUCAUGGUGUCUAUUUCCUAAAGGGCCUUCCUCGUCCUAAAAGUGCUGGAGAAGCUAAUCAGCUGACGAAGGAGAAGAGUAUAAAAGACAUGUUCAUGAAUUUUUGGGGACGGCGGAAAAAUAAAGGAAAGAUUGAAUCCUCAGAUGAAGAAUUGUAACAGACACUACUGCACAAUGAUCUCCUCUUAAAAUGGUGUGUAAAAAAUGUGUACAAUUUAAAGGAAUUUGGCUACUGUAUUAAUAUUGUGCAAAUGUGAUGGUAUGUGUUAAAAGGCACUCCAUGCUGGAGCUGACCAGCACUGUAGUGGUUGUGGUGCCAGGAGUGCCCUUGUGCCUCUCACUUGUAAGGAGUUAAACUAUUUUACAAUGGUUUGACUUAAUACAAGAUGGAGGCACCGCUCCCACUUCCACUACCGCUGAGUGACAGCCGGAAAGUUUCUUCACUGAGCAGUGCAGGGCUUAGCUCAUUGAUUGAGAGUCAUCAGCUGACUAGCACUGCUUAGGUCAGAAGAAGAGCUAAUGCGAGCUCCUGAGCAGGAGCCUUUGGCUCUCACUGAGCAGUAUUGGAAGAGAAGUGCAGUGCCCAGCAGAUCCUGGUAACAAGUGAGACAGCUCUAAAACGGUCUUCUUUCUUAUAGCACGCUAAACCACCAGUAUGCUAUAGUAUUUAUAGUGCUAGGAAUGUUCCUUGAAAUAUUUUAUUGUUUGUGUCAAAUUACUGAAUGCAUUUGUAUGAAGAACUUUUUUGCAUUAUUUCAUGAUCGUGAAAGAUGAUUAUAUUUUUUUGUUAUAUUUUUUAUUUUUUCAAACUUUGCACUUGUUCCUAAAGUGUUUGUCUGCUAAAACAUUCCCUUUUUACAUUGGGAUAAGAUCUGUAUAUUAUCUCCUAUGCCACCAGUAUUCAGAUCUUUAGGAUUGUCUUUGUUGAGUCCAGUGACUUGGUAGAGAUUGAUGUCUUUCUCAUAUCAAGCAAUAUUUGCCCUGCUGGCUGGCUAGAUCAAUGGCCAAUUACUGCACACAGCUAUUCUUCAUGAUGAUAUAGUUGAUUGAAAAGGGGGAGAAAAGUGUUCUAAAGUAAUAUAGUUCAUGUUACAGCAAUUACGUGCAACCUAAUUCAUUUCCUGCACAUUUUGGGAGGUUAAACAUUUGCUAUCACUUUGCACUUAAAAAUUAUUUAAAAUGCUACCCUUUCAUAAAUAUUCUACACUGAUAAAUUUGAAUAUUUAUGUCCAGAAACAUUUUUGAAAACAUACAUUUCUUAUGCCUUUCACAGAGAAGCUUGAUAAAAGCUGUAAUGUUAAAUUACAUACAAGUACUAGUACUUCCUUACUAAAUCCUUACAGGGAGUGCAGAAUUAUUAGGCAAGUUGUAUUUUUGAGGAUUAAUUUUAUUAUUGAACAACAACCAUGUUCUCAAUGAACCCAAAAAACUCAUUAAUAUCAAAGCUGAAUAUUUUGGAAGUAGUUUUUAGUUUGUUUUUAGUUUUAGCUAUGUUAGGGGGAUAUCUGUGUGUGCAGGUGACUAUUACUGUGCAUAAUUAUUAGGCAACUUAACAAAAACAAAUAUAUACCCAUUUCAAUUAUUUAUUAUUACCAGUGAAACCAAUAUAACAUCUCAACAUUCACAAAUAUACUUUUCUGACAUUCAAAAACAAAACAAAAACAAAUCAGUGACCAAUAUAGCCACCUUUCUUUGCAAGGACACUCAAAAGCCUGCCAUCCAUGGAUUCUGUCAGUGUUUUGAUCUGUUCACCAUCAACAUUGCGUGCAGCAGCAACCACAGCCUCCCAGACACUGUUCAGAGGUGUACUGUUUUCCCUCCUUGUAAAUCUCACAUUUGAUGAUGGACCACAGGUUCUCAAUGGGGUUCAGAUCAGGUGAACAAGGAGGCCAUGUCAUUAGAUUUUCUUCUUUUAUACCCUUUCUUGCCAGCCACGCUGUGGAGUACUUGGACGCGUGUGAUGGAGCAUUGUCCUGCAUGAAAAUCAUGUUUUUCUUGAAGGAUGCAGACUUCUUCCUGUACCACUGCUUGAAGAAGGUGUCUUCCAGGAACUGGCAGUAGGACUGGGAGUUGAGCUUGACUCCAUCCUCAACCCGAAAAGGCCCCACAAGCUCAUCUUUGAUGAUACCAGCCCAAACCAGUACUCCACCUCCACCUUGCUGGCGUCUGAGUCGGACUGGAGCUCUCUGCCCUUUACCAAUCCAGCCACGGGCCCAUCCAUCUGGCCCAUCAAGACUCACUCUCAUUUCAUCAGUCCAUAAAACCUUAGAAAAAUCAGUCUUGAGAUAUUUCUUGGCCCAGUCUUGACGUUUCAGCUUGUGUGUCUUGUUCAGUGGUGGUCGUCUUUCAGCCUUUCUUACCUUGGCCAUGUCUCUGAGUAUUGCACACCUUGUGCUUUUGGGCACUCCAGUGAUGUUGCAGCUCUGAAAUAUGGCCAAACUGGUGGCAAGUGGCAUCGUGGCAGCUGCACGCUUGACUUUUCUCAGUUCAUGGGCAGUUAUUUUGCGCCUUGGUUUUUCCACACGCUUCUUGCGACCCUGUUGACUAUUUUGAAUGAAACGCUUGAUUGUUCGAUGAUCACGCUUCAGAAGCUUUGCAAUUUUAAGAGUGCUGCAUCCCUCUGCAAGAUAUCUCACUAUUUUUGACUUUUCUGAGCCUGUCAAGUCCUUCUUUUGACCCAUUUUGCCAAAGGAAAGGAAGUUGCCUAAUAAUUAUGCACACCUGAUAUAGGGUGUUGAUGUCAUUAGACCACACCCCUUCUCAUUACAGAGAUGCACAUCACCUAAUAUGCUUAAUUGGUAGUAGGCUUUCGAGCCUAUACAGCUUGGAGUAAGACAACAUGCAUAAAGAGGAUGAUGUGGUCAAAAUACUCAUUUGCCUAAUAAUUCUGCACUCCCUGUAGUGACACAGCCUCAUUUUGUUUUUAUACCCAAGCAGUUUUGCCGUACUAGUUUAUUUCUUUGUUCAGCUAUAAUUACCAUCUUUGCAGUUAUAGUUUUUAUAUAAGAGAGAUAUAAUUACAUAUUCCAGUUUAUUAUGGGGAACAUUAUCACAGAUUUGCCCAUAAUGUGUGUGUAAAAAACAAAAAACAAAAAAAAAAAAACCUAAUAAUGCAGCUAAAGAAAGAUGUUUCAAAAUAAAUUAAUUGUCCUGAUUUACAGAGUACAUUGUAUAUCUAGGAUUUUAAUCUAUUUUUGGUAGUCGUAGGUCAUAAAUUACAAGAAGCACAUUAUUGUUUCAAGCUUAAAAUUGCAGUGUGGUGCAUUAGAAAAUACCAGUUUUAAGAUGGCAUAGCUUCCAAUUAUUAAUAACCACCAUUAAUCCUAAAGACACUAACUUCUGUUGGUUAGAUUCUCUCAAUUGAUGUCCCCACUGAUAUGAGUAAACCAAUUACCCCACAGUGUAGAGUGCACAUUGAGAGCUGUGCAUUGAUCAUUCUCGGCAUCUGAGGGUAUAUUUUUAUAGUUUAGAAGUUCCUUUUUACUAAAGGUAAAUUAACCUAAACACCAAAACAUCCUAUUGUAUAAAAAAAGAAAAAGAUAUGGCCUGGCAUAUGUCCCUCCUUCCACAAAAGUGGGUGCAUUUGGAUUUUCAUAGACCCUAUUACUGGGGACUAGAAGGAAUGCCAGCCCCUAUUCCACUACCUGGAAGGUAACUAACUGGAUGCGAGCCUAAUAAUUGGCCACUGCCAUGUUGUCACUCCUUAGCCCAGUAGAGCACCAGUGGAUACUCGGGUUCCUAAAAAUGCAUUUGUACAAGAAGACCCUAAUACACUCAGUGGGGUACUAUGGCAUGCUUAGUCCCACGGUAACUAUAAUUGCAUAUCCCAGGUAGCCAAGUGUCUCAAAGCCCACCUACCUCUAUAAAAAUGACCUACUGACCCUAGUCUAUGGGGAUUUACAUUCUUAUCCCAACAUGAGAAUCUAUUAUAGUUCUCAUCAUGUUUGCCCUGGAUUGUGUCAUAAUGUGCAAAGUGUUUAAUAGAAGUUUAAAAGAAAAAAAAGGUUACCACAAGUUAUAGAUUUUCAUUUUUUCCCAAUGCUUGAUCAAUAGUGUAGUUCCAUGUUCACAUUUAAUGUAUAUAGUGUAGUAUUUGUUUUCUUGAUGCUUUGUUUUUUUUAACACUCAUUAGCUGAGCGCGUCAGCUAAGCACUCACAAGCCAGUGAUUGUGGCCCAGCAAGGAAAUGGUUAAGUUAAUGUGGAAUUAGAGUUGCAUUUCCUUAGUUUGGUUUUACCAAGUGUUGUUUAGCCCCCAGUAGAACCAUCUUGGGCAGAAAAGGCAUUCAUGCAUGUCGCACAAUAAGUUAAGACACAGAAAUGAAAAUGCCAUAGUAAAAAAAGAGAAAAAUAAUUGGUAAAAAAAAAAAAAAAAAAUGUUUUUUUUACCUCUCCUAUAUCAAUAUUAAUCCUGUUACUUACAACUCACCUGAGUCCCGUCAGGUGUCCCUGGACCAAAUCCGGUCUUCUCUACUAUAAGAACUAUGUGUAAUUUCAGAGAAUAGCAAGACUUCAUUUGUUUGUGGAGAGCAUUUUGUUAACACUCUAAUCCAAUGACUGCGUUCCUCCUUUGCUCUAAAGUGACAACCAGCUUCACAUGCUAGGCACCCAGGUAACUGUGUUAAAACAUACUUGGCAUAAGACGGUGCAAGGUUUCUCUUAACACCAUAACAACAACAGCAGCAGGGUUAACCGCUAAUGAUUCUUGGAGUGUCCUUUUAAGGGAUUAAAAUAAACGUUAUGAUUUUGAUAUGUUUUUCUUUAUUUGAAAAGGGCAUUUGCUUUUUAAAUUUCACUGUACACGUGCCUUUAUGAAUUGUGCAGUGUUCUGGCAGGCAAGUGGGGGGACAGAUUUUUGUACUGUACUGAUAUGUCUGCUGCUAUUGACUUUGUAUUACAACUUUUUGUUGUUGUUUUUUUGUUAUGCAGGUGAAAAUACUCAAAUGUGACAAGACUCUAAUGUUUGGACUUUUGCCCGCCAUUUUUUAUAUUUUAAACAGAAAAUGCAUCUAAAAGCAGAUAUACAGGGAAGUAUAGUUUGGUUUUUGCAUGAUGAAUUUUACAAGAAGAUACUAUUUGAAAGAAAAGAGUUAACUUUUUUUUCCUGUUCAAAAGUGAACACAUCUGAAGUUAAUAAAUUACCAAGGACUGAAAGAAACACAAGUGGUUUUUAAAGAACAAAUGAAAGCAGCUUCAAUACAACUCAAUUUUUGUAAAAUUAUUAUUAUUUUUAAAGCCUUUUUUUUUUUUUUUUUUCUUUCUAGAUGUGCCAUUGUUUGAUAAGCAAGUCGCAAGGAUGAGUUUUCAUUCGUGUAUUUAAAAAAAAAAAAAAAAUACAAUAGAGAUAAAAUAUGUCUCGUACGCUGUGAGACAGCCUAAAGGUUCCUAGUAGCAGUGUACAAUGCAGUCUAGAUUUACAGGUCAUAUUCUUGACCUGACAAAGUGACAUCUAAUGACAUCUAAAUCGUGCCUUAGAUACAGGAUGAUGUGCUGCAAGAGGAACGUAUCUGUCCCUCUAUAUGUUAGCACUUUAAUAAACAAGACUUUUGUUGAUGUGAAUGUUUUUAAGAAUCUAACGUUGAACAAAUACACAGUGCAUUAUCUGCAAGGGACCGGUUUAAAGGGAGAAUGAACUUUGAAAUGAAAUUGUGACCACUUGUAGAAACCAGAUAUCAUGAUUUAUACAAAAUAAAAAUAAAAAACACUAUUGGCCUUCAGCAGUGUAGCAGCCAAUAACCGAAGUAUUCUAGUGGCAUCAUAUUGUGCAAGGUAACUGCCUAGUGCACAGUUAAAGAACUGCAACUCUAAUACAGGUGGAGGACAAACCGUUCAUAUCAGUUGGGGCCUUCUUGCCCAGCCCAACUUUUUAUAGGGGUACUGUCACUUCCCUUUCUAAUAUUAUGUUUAUUUAUCCUCUAUAAUUAACAAACGGUCUGUGAAGUGUUAAAAGUAGAAAUUAUACGGCAGCUAGGUGCCUAAAUCUUGAUUCCUUGUCCAUUAUUGCUAUAAUCUCUGUCCUUGGCACCUGAUUGUUUUAUGUUGUCUGAGGGGAGAGGACAAAUGAAAACAAUGUUUGUUUCUGUGUGCUUUAGCUGUGCCUGGAAUCAUUAGGAUUUUUAUGUAAUUUUUGAAAAAAGGGUUAACACAAGUUAUAUGUGGUUUCCAAUGUUUAAAUACAUUGUGUAAUUUUAGUAGAAGUGACAGUCCCCCUUUAAAUACGGAGUCUGGCUGCAAAAUUCAACUUUUACAAUUUUGACUCUGUACCAGUGUAUAAUGCACUGUCUUCCUGACGGAAUAAUAUAUACCAGCAGAUUUCAACAUUAGUACUGUGGCGCAUUGUUCUGCUACGUGGCAAAUUUAAGCGUGUUGCGUUAAGUUGUAGGGUGCAUGGCUCUUGCUGUACCGGUUGACAGCACUGAUUCUGCUAUUGCACUGUCCAGGGCACCUAAAGAGGAGCUGAGCAGAUUCAAACCUUUUGUGUUUUACAGCAAUGUAAUAAGAUUUUAAUGGCAUUUGAUAACAUGGUGAGCUACAAAAACAAGCCAUUUGUAAAAAAUAAAUUAACUUAAAAAGAAA